CAACCAUCGUGAAAGCGCAUGAAACACUCUGUGGAGAUAAUUAGCUAGCUGGCAGCAUGUCAACUAAGAGCAGCUUCAUGGAAAACGCAUACCCAGCUGGAGAUGAAAGCGACGCUAGCAAUGACGAAUGGGAUAUCGGGUGCAGCUCACAUAUAUGGCCGCCUCUCAUUAAGGAUCAGGGUGACGAUGCACCACAUGCACAAGAUGAUGUGUCGAGGUUGAAAAGAGCCAUCAGUAAAGGAGAUGUUGAGACUGUUGAACAACUGUUGGACAAUGGCAUGGACGUGGAGACCAGGCUUGGCUGUGAAUGGACUCCGCUGAUGUGUGCUGUCAAUGUGGCUAAUUACGACCUAGCCAAACUUUUCCUGGACAGAGGGGCCAGUGCCAACUUCAGCAAAGAUCAUUGGACGGUGCUCAUGGCCAGCUGCACUGCAUCUGCCAGUGAAGACAAAAUUGCUCGCUGUGUGGAGAUUUUGCUGUCCAGAAAUGCUGAUCCCAACAUGGUGGACAGGUCUCAAAUGACAUGCCUGAUGCUGGCAGCCAGGGACAGCUACAGUAAGGUCAUCAACCUGCUGGUCUCCCACGGGGCAGAAAUCAACGUCCAGGAUAGCAAUGGAUACACAGCUUUGGCUUUGGCAGUGCAGUAUGGUAGAGAAGAGGCGGUGCUUAAGCUCCUCCAGCUCGGAGCGGACAAAACAUUAAAGACCAAAGCUGGCAAAAGCCCUGCUGACCUGGCUGUGAUAUUCAAACACACACAGAUUAGCAGGAUUCUGGCCUCUUCAUCCCACAUUGCUACCGUCCAGGCCUUCAGCUCCAUGGAGGAGACCCUCUCAAAGUUCUUCAAGACUAACUCUGAACCACCACCUUCCCAGGAAAGUGUAUCCAAGCUUGAUGACAUUGAGCUCCUCCUACACGGCCUCGAUCUUGGCUACCUAACUGACGUCAUGACUGAAAAUGACAUCACCUGGAGCUACCUGUUGACCAUGGAGAAGGAGGACCUGGAAAAGGUUGGUAUCAAAGACCCUGAGGUCCAGCAGAAGGUGCUGAGUGCCGUGCGACAGAUGCACCUGGACAAAGUGGACAUAGACACGAUCGGCCUACCGGGAGCCGCAGACAGCGGGAGCGAGGAACUGCUCAACUUCCUGUUAAGUGUGAAGCAACAGUGCUGCUACCUUACAGAGGUGACGCAGGACGUAAUCAACCGUUUUCCCCGCCACGCCUCUCAGCUGGUCCUCUCAUUGGACCCAAAGAAGGAGGCCCUGGCUGUCUGCAACCAGCUGGUGGUCCAGAGUAAAGACUUGGAGAAGGAAUUGUCCUGCCUCCGCAGUCUGCUAUGCCAGAUGGACGAGGCCAAAAAUUGUCAGAUUCCUCCACCUGGUUCCCACAGCAACCGGAGGAUGUGGUCCCUGAGCAGGGUCACGCUGAGUGCACUCGCAGGUGCCUUCCUCUUCCUCCUCUACAAAGCGUCCAGUGGAAAGGGGUCCCUGCAGGGACAGUUGUGUUAA